AUGAACUGUCGUGGUCAAUCUUAUGAUAAUGCAAGCAAUAUGUCAGGUAUAUAUUUAGGCCUUCAGACACGUAUCAAAACAAUUAAUCCUUCAGCAGAUUACGUUCAUUGUGCCGCUCAUUCUUUAAAUUUGGUAGGAUCAUGUGCAGUUGAAUCGGAAACAGAAGCAGUCGACUUCUUUUCUACUUUGCAAGAACUAUACAAUUUGUUUACUAUGUCUACACAUCGUUGGGAGAUUUUAGUGCAGCGUACAAAUUUGAGAGUUAAGAGUGUUUCUCAAACUCGUUGGUCUGCUCGACAUGAUGCAUUUUAUGCAUUAGAAAAAGAGUGGUCUGCAAUAAUUGAUGCACUGGAAUUUAUUGCCGAAAGCAGGGAUGAGAAACCGACUACGCGAGUUGGAGCUACAGAAUUCCAGCGGAAAUUACAGAAUUUAGAAACAGCAAUCCUAGUCAUUGUUUGGAAUGUAAUUUUAGAGCGUUUUAAUGCUGCUAGAAAGAAGCUUCAAGAAUCUCAAGCUGAUUUAUCAUCCGUUCAGAUCUAUAACUCUCUGGCUCUAUUUCUUCAAGGCAUGAGACACAGACAAUUUUCUGAUUAUGAAGAAAAAGCCAAAACACUAUCUGGAGUUCACGAUUAUUAUCGUUAUGAUACUCAUCGCAAAAAACCAGAAGAAUUCAGAUAG